CGGCCUCCGUUUUCUAUGCGGCCGGGAAAGAAAACGGGCGCUCGAUCAGCUGAUCAAUGUAAACAAAACUUUCAUGGACACGGAGAAGGCAGCGAGCGUGGAAGGCAAAGGAAAAUGUCAUCAAAAUUACGCCUUGCUCUGGUGCAGCUGGCUGUUGGAAAAUCGAAGUUGGACAAUGUGAGUCGAGCUGUACAGAAGAUAAAAGAAGCUGCUUCUGAAGGAGCCCAGUUGGUUGCCCUGCCUGAGUGUUUCAACUGUCCAUAUGGCACACAAUAUUUUGCCGAAUAUGCAGAGCCAGUCCCAGGUGAAAGCACUGAGGCUAUAAAGGAAGCAGCAAAGGAGAACGGGGUGUACGUCGUCGGAGGCUCAGUGCCAGAGUCAGAAGGGGGCAAAGUUUAUAACACCUGCACUGUCUGGGGGCCGAAGGGAGACCUCCUAGCCAAGCAUCGGAAAGUCCACCUGUUUGACAUAAACGUCGAAGGGGGAAUAUGCUUCCGCGAGUCUGACGUACUGUCACCUGGAAACAGUUAUACAACUUUCGACCUCCCACAAUGCAAAGUUGGGAUUGGCAUCUGCUAUGAUAUUCGUUUUGCCGAGAUGGCUCAGGUCUACAGCAAAAUGGGUUGCAAACUCUUGCUGUAUCCAGGGGCUUUCAACAUGACUACGGGGCCUGUGCACUGGGAGUUGCUGCAAAAAGGACGAGCCCUUGAUAAUCAGGUGUAUGUUGGCACCAUUUCUCCUGCACGUGAUACAUCCGCCACCUACAUUGCCUGGGGUCACUCCACCCUAGUCAAUCCAUGGGCAGAUGUGGUUGCUACUACGGAACAUGAGGAAGGGAUUGUAUAUGCUGAUUUGGACUUGGAUUACGUGCAGAAAGUCCGCCAGAUGGUUCCCCUGGGUUCCCAAAGGAGGGGCGAUAUGUACGAAGUUGUAACCAAGAAGUAACUACUCUUCAAUUUAAAAGGAAUGAAUGCUA